AGAGGGACUGAUGAGACCGCGCUCUCGCUGCCAGUGAAGUAAUUAUACAUGCCGGCAGUCAAGGUGCGGUGGUCGCAGUGAACUUGAGAUAAAUUACAUGAAUGGAUUUGUUUCUCCAUUUGCAUCACUUCACCAUGACAACGGACUGAGUGGGAGCCUGCCAUGGAGAGGAAUAACACCACACAAACUCUGGAGCUGGGAGAAUGUGAGCACACACUGGACACCAGUGCGGCGCUGGACAACUGCACGGAUGCCGCCAGCGGGAACCUGUCUUUACGUUGCUGGCUGCAUUUGUUGACUAAGGAGUCUAGUUCAACUCUACAAGGUGAUGGGUCUAGUUUGGCUGUGCGUGUGAUGAUCGCCCUCAUUUAUUCAGUGGUGUGCGCUUUGGGACUUGUAGGCAACUCUCUGGCGCUGUACCUGCUGCAUUCGCGUUACCGGCAGAAGCAGUCUUCUAUCAACUGCUUUGUGAUGGGUCUGGCUCUAACUGACCUGCAGUUCGUCCUAACUCUGCCGUUCUGGGCCGUCGACACUGCAUUGGACUUCCGUUGGCCAUUCGGCAAAGUUAUGUGCAAAAUCAUCAGCUCGGUCACCACUAUGAACAUGUACGCCAGCGUUUUUUUCUUGACCGCCAUGAGCGUGGCCAGGUACUAUUCCAUUGUGUCCUCGUUGAAGAUGCACAGCCGCAGAGCGGCGGCGGCUGCGGCCAAAUGGAUCAGCUUGGGCAUUUGGGUCAUAUCCCUGAUAGCAACUCUUCCACAUGCGAUUUAUUCCACAAUAGCCCAAGUUGCGACAGACGAGGAGCUGUGCUUGGUCCGCUUCCCUGAGACGGGAAGCUGGGACCCGCAGUUGCUGCUAGGACUGUACCAGUUGCAAAAAGUCCUGCUUGGGUUUGUGAUCCCACUGGUGGUGAUUACCGUUUGCUAUCUCUUACUUUUAAGAAUCGUGCUGAGUCGUAGGAUUAGCGGCGUGGCUGGCUCUGAAAGUGAGCAGGGGCGGCACAAGCGACGCUCGAAGGUCACCAAAUCCGUUGUGAUCGUUGUCCUGUCGUUCUUCUUGUGCUGGUUGCCCAAUCAGGCCUUGACUCUGUGGGGCGUCCUUAUAAAGUUCGACCUGGUGCCCUUCAGCAAGGCCUUCUACAAUGCCCAGGCAUAUGCUUUCCCGCUGACUGUGUGCUUGGCCCACACAAACAGCUGCCUGAACCCUGUGCUCUAUUGUCUGAUCCGACGCGAAUUCCGGGCCGGACUCAAAGAGCUCCUGCUGAGGGCCACCCCGUCCUACCGAAGCCUUGCCCGGCUGCUCCCACGCAAGGCCAAAGUAGCCGAGGCACCUCCCGUACUGGUUCUCGUGCAGAUGGAUGUUUGAAAAAACGGAUCCUUCACGUUCAUCUUUGUUUUUGAUUGACAGGACGAAGCAGGCGUGAGGAACGUCCUUUGGGAGCUGCCCCACUUUUCCUUCCGCUCAUUCAGAAACACUUUUGCGCAUUUGUCUUUCUCUCUCAACUUCCACGUACCUUUUGACGCGCGACUGCUUUCACAUGCACCUCCGGUCAUCAGAGCGGCUAGGGAAUUCUGGACCCAUUCACCUUUGUUUGCUUUGGUGCAUAUUAGUAGGAUUUUUUUUCCCGAGACAGCCUUCAAGGGAGCGAUAAAUUAUCCAUGUGUGUUUUUCAGGCUUUGAAAAAAAAGAAGAAAAAAAUGUUGAGAUGUAGAGGGGUCUAGUCUUCUCUUUGUAUGAGAUAUAAAAAUAAGUAUGUGGGGGAUCACUGGUUAGUCCAUCCAUCAUUUAAUACACUGUCAGUUAUGAAUUCACUUGCAGUUGUGUAGAAUUUAAUGAAGUUUCUAACUCUGGUUUGUCUUUUGGUGUAUUUAUGUUGUGCAAAAGGCUAAACUAAUAAAAUACCUAAUUGUAGUUAACUUACAAAAUAACCAUUUUGUGAAUUACCAUUGACCAGUCAAACUGUGCAAGUGAUGAUUGUGAUCAUUUCCUUUCUGAUUUGAAAGAGAAAUUAUUUUCUUUUCUCUUUUCAAUUUCACACACAAAUAUGUGCUUCUAAAUGUGAUCCUGGACCACAAAACCAGUCAUAGGUUUCCAUUUUUUAAUGAAAUUGAGAUUUAUACAUCAUAUAAAGGCUGAAUAAAUAAGAUCCACUGAUGUACGGUUUGUUAGGAUAGGACAAUAUUUGGCUGAGAUCUGUCAAAUCUGUAAUCCGAGAGUGCACAAUUCAAAAUAUUGAGAAAAUCGCCUUUAAAGUUGUCCAAAUAAAGUUCUUAGCAAUGCAUAUUACUAAUCAAAAAUUAAGUUUUAAUAUAUUAUGGGGCAGGAAAUUUACAAAAUAUCUUAAUGGAACAUGAUCUUUACUUAAUAUCCCAGUGAUUUUUGGCAUAAAAGACAAAUCGAUAAUUUUGAACCAUACAAAUAUACCCGUGCUACCUACGACUGGUUUUGUGGUCCAGGGUCACAAAUCAGUUAAAUUAUUAUAAAAACACCACAACAGAAUACCAUAUUUGAGCUAUUAAGGUAUAGUUUACAAUAAAAAAAAAUCUAUUUACUCACCCUCAUAUCAUUUUAGAAAACACUAAAAGAGAUGUUUAGCAGAAUGUUCAAGCUGCUCUCUUUUUCAAACUGUAAACGACUGUUGACCAUGGUUAAAUAAGGGAAAAAGCAACGUAAAGCAUCAUAAAAUGUGUCCAUAAGCCUUUUUAAGUCAUAUCAAAAACUUUAAAUUUAAGUCAGUGCACAUUGAUAGUGCAUUGAAAAAAAGUUUUGAAAGACAUGAGGUGAAGCAAAUAACAAAGCCUUCUUAUGUACUAUAUCCUCAGGGACAUCAUCAAAAAAUACAGCUUUGGCAUCAAAUAUCUUUGUAGGAAUAUACUAUACAAUAAAUCGUUUUGGGACUCAAAUUCCCAUUCUUAAGCCAUCAAACAGAAUAAAAAAUUCAGUCUGAGAUAAUUAGUUAUAUGGGUUUAUUGACAACCAAAUAUAAGGCAGAGCUAAAGAGUGUUAGCUCCAUAUUGACAUUGUUUAUUUGUUUUUGUUUAUAUUUGCCAGUUAUUCUUUCGUCCUAAAUAUAUUCUUGCAUUAUUUCACAGUCAAUAUAUGUUACAGUGCUGUGGUAGGCUUUAUGGCUUUAGUGAUUUGGUACCAUCUAAUACACACAUCUAAUCUUGUACAUGCCUUGCACGCAGGGAGAAUAUCUUAUUGUAAAACGAUUUUAGCCUGGCAUCAUUAAUCAUUAGUCCUACAAUCUUUUGAAACUCUUCCAAGGACAUUGUUUCUCUGAUUGAACUUUUUCAGAUGAGAUAGGUUUGAUGGUUUGAGCCACUCUCAAUGGUUUAUCUUCUCAAUGACAAUGCCAGGUCAUGAUUUAAGAAGGACUGGGGCAAGCUGUCACACUUAUUACAGUGGACAUUUUUAUCAUUAUGGUGCAGAGGAAAAGACACCGUUCAUUAAACACAUACUGACCUUUUGAUUUAAAAUUUAAGGACACUAUAUUAAAACCGAAUUUUAAGAUAAAUAUAUACUAAAUAUCAUUUUGGUAUAUACAUAACAGUUACUUAGCACCAAAUAAAAAAAAACACGAUCAUAACUAUUGUCAUUGUCAAAUAUUAAUAAUAACCUGUACAUUUAUACCACUUCCAUGCAUGUGACAGCUUGCACCAACCUUAAUGAUUUGACCCUCAUUGUGGUGAAAACCCUCCUGUGACCGAUGGAUACUGUGGCUACAUGUUCAAUUAUUAAUCUAUGACUUGUUACCAUAAAUUAUUAUAUAAAGAGCUCAUAUCUGUAAGAGAGAAUCACCCCAGCUGUGAGAUUCUCUUUCUAGGUGUUCAGGGCAUGUAGAUGAGCUGUGCGAGAGACCAUUAAUGAGCCAAACUGAUUUAAAGAUCUGAAUCUGAACUGAACUGUGCUCUAUAAUUACUCGCGGUGACAUUUUGGCCCAAUGUCGGAGUCGGUGAUGUGCUUUGUUGUCAGUAUAUUGAAGCCCUUUGGGUGUGUUUUUGCUUGCUGAACUUACUUUAAUGUCUGUAUGAAGUGUUAUAAUAUAAUGUUGUUUGUAAAAAUAUAUAUUAUACUAACUAAAUUUGCAAAAAGCUCUUUUAGACCAAAAUAAAUCUUGCAUACAUUUUGAUAAAACAAGGUUUUAAAUGAUUUCUUAUGGUGUAAUUUACCUCAGUUUUACACAAAAAAAACUUUUUUUUAAAAAACGGUUUUAUAAACACAAAACUCCAGUCAUAUCAGCCUAAUAAAAAAGUCUCUUGUUGAUUAUGGCAAUCUCUAAAGUGAUGCGGGUAACAUGAUGCUAUAAUAUCUCUUGUUGC